GCCACAGAACGUACCAGUCCUCACUACCAUUCAUCUCCGGAGAAGAGACGCGGACGCUACAACAGGGGCGGGGGGAAAGAGAGUUCUUGGCAAACAAUUUGUGCCUGCCUGCCUGCCUCCACUUGGAUGCACUUUCUUACUUUGUAAGUCCAACUCCGACCUGCCAGCAUCCUCGGAAGGCUGACGUGCCAAAGAAGGAGAAGGCGGCGGUGGUGGUGGUGGGGGAGGAGGUGACCUCAGGAGGACACGCGGGGAUCCCAGCUCCGGGAAGAGGAGGAGGGUGAGGAGGAGGAGGAGGAAGAGGAGGAGGAGGAGGGCACAUCCUGCUGAUAGAGAGCAUCCACCAAGCCUUUCUUCCCCUCCAUACACACACACACAUGGACACUUAGGACUUGUUUUCACAGCAACUAUGACGAGGACUUAUUCGGUGAUGUGAGAUUCACGGCUUACUGCAAAUGCGUCCUGUCAUCACAUAUUAGUGAAGAUAUUUUGCAAAAAAAAGGGACAAAAAGGACAAGCUGCACGGGCGCAAAAUGGAUCUCAAUCCAAUCAGAGGUUUAUCCGAUGUCCCGUGAGUGGUGCCACCCACCCUGGUACCGCCUACCCCGACAUGGACCCCGCUCAUUCCUUUAGGAUGGAGCCGGACGGGCUGGACCUCCAGCAUGUGCCGGUGUUGUCGCUCGACCAGAUCCGCGCCAUCCGGGCCCACAAUGACUACGUGGAGCGCCCGGUGGCACUGGAGCUGGCGACCCAGUCUGGAUUUUUCUACCCCUACGACGAGCGGCGCCCACACGGAAUAUACUCGCAACAUCCUCCGUCGUCCCGCAAUGCGGCGCUACCCCGCAGUCAGAGUCAGCAGCACGCCCACAUGUCCCGCGUCAGUCGCUCCAGCACCGUGAGCUCCUCCUUGUCCCGGACCAGCGCCGGCUCUGACCAGAGGCUGUUGGCGGGUUUGACGCCCUCACACUCCGGCCUGACCUCUGUGGUGCGCACGCAACCGAAAGGGGGGCUCAAGGCCGACACCUCCCUCAGCAAAAUUGGGGCCUUGGACGAGCCGGGCGGGCACCAGUUCAUCUGCGAGCGCUGCGCCCGCUGCAAGUGCCACGAGUGCUGUGCCCCGCGCCGCCUGCCCUCCUGCUGGGCCUGUGGGCAGCGCUGCCUGUGUUCAGCCGAGAGUGCGGUGGAGUACGGCACCUGCCUGUGCUGCGUCAAGGGCCUCUUCUACCACUGUUCGGCUCAGGACGACGAGGACAACUGUGCCGAUCGGCCGUGCUCCUGCGCCCCGGCCCACGCCCUGGCCCGCUGGGGCACCAUGGGCCUCCUGGCUCUCUGCCUGCCCUGCCUCUGCUGCUAUCCCCCUGCCCGACUGUGCCUCGCCCUGUGCCGCCACGCCCACGACCGGGCCACGCGACCCGGCUGCCGAUGCAGCAACACCAACACCGUGUGCCGCAAGAUCUCUGCUUCCGACCCCAACCCGGGUCAUCCCUCUGUGAGCAAGGCUGUGGAGAAGUCACUAUGACAAGCCUGGAUGGUGGCAACGAGAUGCCAACCAUUUACUAGUGUUCACCUACCUUGUAUGCAGCCACCUGUUCUUCAGCUUGAGAGGGACCAAAAGCUUUACUGUGCCUGUUUGCCUUGGAAACCAAAAGCUGAACCUGAAGAAGAACUGAACUGAACUCGCCUUCCUCCUUCUGCCUAAUCGGGACGUCUGACACGCAUUUAUUUAUUUAUUAACAGACCGACGCUUUGUGGUCGACAGCCACCCCACAGACUGGAUCACCAGCUCACGGUUCUACUACAAGGGAUUAGGAAAUGUAGAGACUUCCACUGAAAAUUCGAAGGCCAAGGAACUGACAAACUAAACAUGCAGACAGUCACAGCACAUCUGGAAAGCUUUGACACGCCCGAGAAAUGGGACCACGCACGCAAUCUCAAUGCCAUUAAGCUCAUUUGUAUGAAGUGGACACACGGUACUGCACCAAAGUGGCGGGCCAUCGUGGCAAAUCGCAUUUGGGUCUGGUCGUAGGCAACUUUCUUGUUCCUGGAGGAUCAGAAUAAGAUUUUUGGAGCUAUCGACUACAUCGGACACCAAAAUCAAUGGGUUCUACGUAGAUGCCACGCCUCUGGAAAAUAUCAGAGAAAUGGCUUUGAACUGAAUCUGGCAAUCACUGGUGGUAGCUUAGCUAUUAGCUUCAUUUCUACCAAGCAGAUGCACAGUGCUGCUGCACUGAAGUCGAGGGCCCCCAAGGCAAAUCACAGAGCUGGAUGUUGGAUUCUGCCUGGCACUGCACCCACUUUUAAUGUGAUCCUCCACCAGUUAGCAACAGUCUCCAUGUGCUACCCGUCUUGUACAAAUGCCUUCGAAGUGAACUUGUCCUCAUCCCAAGUCGAUGACAGCCUCGGACUUUUAGUGCACACGGGUGACUUCCUGGUUCCUGGAGGAUCAGAUGGUUGAACCUGCCCACACUUUUGACUAGUAUGCAAAAAAUCUCUUGGAAUUUGUUCUUUGAUUGAUGGUGGUGGCCCCAGACUUCCGUGCAGUACCCUACGAGGUUUUCAAUGACAGGGUGGGCUGGGUGGACAUUUGUCCUUCGAGUCUGUGUGUGUCUGCGUGUGUACGUGUGAUGAAGGAGUUGUCUUUGUCGUCGUCUUAUUUUUAGCCUCGCCGCUACAUCUUUGCGCCGGUCCGCUCGGGUUUCCCCGCGCGUAAAAGGCCGCUGCCCGAACUCCGGUCGGUCCUCCUCGCAUCGCUCGCUCGCCUGCCUGCCUGCCUGCCCUUUCCGGCAGUUUAUUCUAACAUCCCUCCGGCCGCGUCUGGCUCUCCUCUUUGGCCGCCCAGUGGGCUAAAAGCCUUCCGUCGAGAGUUGAUCAGACGGGCAAUUAUCUCCGUGAUUGCUUUUAAUGGGCCAGACGAGAACGCAGGAAGGAGUUGCGGUGUUCUGGCGGACGGAGAAGAAGGCGGGAUGGAGGGGGGGGAAGGACGAGGCUCAAGUUUCCUGACGUGUGUGUGCAUGAGUGCGCAUGUUUGCAAGUGAAGGUGCGUGCGUGAGUGUUUGUGGGAUGCAUGAAAACAACACCCGACGCGUUAAAACCUUCCUUUGCCAUUCUAUUUUUAUAUGUAUGCAGAUACGAGCGAGUGGGGUUGAAAUGAUUUUUUAUUGUGCUUCCACGGUUGUCAAUUCAGGAACUUUUGCGGCCAAGAACACGGACAAAACAAUCAAAAAAGGAUGGUGAAGGAUUUAGUGGGAUUGUCUUUGCACAAAGAUGGAAAAGAUCCCAUUUGGCAGCACAAUAUUGUGAAACGAUUGUUGUUUUUUGGCAGCCAAUCCGAGAAUAGACUGAAUGAGCUGAACCUUUAUGCAAAGUGGCAUUUGGAACUGCUCCUCUUGAAGAAACUCUUUUUCUUUGAAACAAAACAAAACUUGAAUUCAUUCUCGGAUGUGCUGUGCGCAUAGAGGUACGUGUUAUAUUUGAUAUUUCUUUCUUUCACAAAGAUUCCAUAAUGGGAUUUGUUUUCAUUUUUGGUUUGCGGUUAAGGUUAGCUACAGCGGGUGUGGGCAACCUUUUUCCAAUCUGGGGCCAUUGCAGUCCUCCAAGGGCUAUAUUGAUCGAUUAAAAAUGAAUGAAGUUGUCUUAUUAUUAUUAUGAAUGAUGUCGGUUUUCUUUUUUUCUAUUUCAAUGGUUGGCCGCAUCAAAACAUCUUAGAUCAGGGGUCUCAAAGUCCAGUCCUCUGGGGGGGUUGAUAUGGUCAGUUCAUCCUCACGUUCCGCAGGAGCCUGAUCGUUUGAAUCAGGUGUGUUGAACGAGGGAAACUUGGAAAACAUGCGGCCCCCCGAGGACUGGACUUUGAGACCCCUGUCUUAGAUGAAGGAGCUGCAUGUUGCCCAUUCACUUUAGGUUGCCCACUCCCCCCCACUUCACUCACUAUAACCACGACACAUGCUUUCGGUACGCAAUUGGCAUUUGCUUUGUUCAUUGUAGAGAAAUGUAAGGAGAGUAUAUCGGAGCAAAUAUAAAUAGAGGUCUAUCUCAAAGUCGAAUCUCAUUCUUAUUACGAUGCUACGAGCAGUACGCGUUACUUUGCCGAUGUGGUGUUCUUGUUUAUUUAUUUACAGACGAAUGGCCACCUUUGGCGUGGAAUACGAGAUGACGAGCGUCAUUUUCUUGUUGUUGUUGUUUUUCUGGCUUUUUGGUGCGGCUGCCGACGAGCAUCCAAUAAAGAGGAGCUUUCCAAACGAG